ACCAGCAGUGUGUGACUAACUGGCCAGACUAGUUGUAGAGCAGUUGGAGAGAGUGUGUUCCUGCUCAGCAGACUUAACUCUGUUUUCCGGGCUCUGAGCGCAGAUACUGCCUGCCCGUUUAAAAGAGCAGGGUUUAGACUCUUGCUUCUGCUCCCCGGACUCUCCCCGGCCCUUUGCGGCAGUGUGUAACCGCCGCUCGGCGCUUUCUGCCCCGCAUUGUUUGGGAGCUGCUCGCCGGUGCGGCGUAAACUACGGCGCUAGCUACUCGGCUAGCUAACCUAACUUCAGCCAGGCGGGACUGGGGGCUGUUCUCUCCGGGAAAAGCGUCCCAGCGUUCAGAGCCUUUAGCCUCCUUUAUCAGGAGGGGCCAGGGAUAUUUAAUUCGUCGAUUAUUUCUCGUAAUUUUUUAUCUGGGUCUCAGAAAAAUGGCCGCAACGACGCACGAAAUGGACGGAAGUGUAAUGGAAGGGGGGGGACAGAUCCUGCGGGUGUCCGCUGCUCUGAGCUGCAUCCAGGGGGCUUCUCUCAAAAUCAACAAAAUCCGAGCAGGCAGGAGCACACCAGGCUUGAGGCCUCAGCAUCUGUCAGGGUUGGAGUUGCUCAGGGACAUGUGUGAUGGCAAUCUGGAGGGAGCUAUGGUGGGCUCCACAGAGAUCACAUUGACUCCUGGGAAAAUGAAAUGCGGAAACUAUAUCGCUGACACCCAGACUGCAGGGAGUGUUGGGCUUCUGCUUCAGAUUUCUCUGCCCUGUGCUCUGUUUACUGGAGGACCUUCAGAGCUCUGCUUGAAAGGAGGUACCAAUGCAGAGAUGGCACCCCAGAUUGAUUACACGCUCAAGGUGUUCAAACCCAUUGCAGAGAGAUUUGGCGUGCAGUUUGACUGUGAUUUAAGAAUGAGAGGUUAUUACCCAAAGGGUGGUGGAGAAGUGGUUGUAAAAGUGAACCCUGUGAAAGAGCUGAGUCCCAUCAACAUGACUGAAAGAGGCAACAUCACUAAAAUCUACGGCCGGGCCUUUGUGGCUGGGGUUCUUCCUUUCAAGCUUGCGAAGGACAUGUCCACUGCAGCAGUGCGCACUAUCCGGAAAGAGAUUAAAGACCUUUACAUCAAUAUCCAGUCUCUGCAAGAGAAGGACAAGGCCUGCGGCAAUGGCAACGGCAUUAUAAUCAUUGCAGAGUCAUCUACUGGCUGUAUAUUUGCUGGCUCAGCUCUGGGCAAGAAAGGCGUAUAUGCAGACAAAGUGGGUAUCGAAGCUGCUGAGAUGCUCCUAAAGAACAUUAGGCACAACGGCUGUGUGGAUGAGUUUUUGCAAGACCAGCUGAUCAUUUUCAUGGCCUUGGCUAAAGGCACGUCUCGAAUGCGCACUGGCCCGAUCACUCUGCACACACAGACUGCCAUCCACGUUGCUGAGCAACUCACUAAGGCUAAGUUUGCUAUACAUAAGGCAGACGAUGAACACGCCAACAACGACACCUACAUCAUUGAGUGCCAGGGUACCGGUGCCACUAACGCUAAUCUGUAAAUGAUCGGAUCGGUCAUCCUUGGUUCAUCUCCAGCCAAGGUAGAGGGGAGUUUUCAAAAGAGUCGACUGGAGGUCGUGUAGCAGAAACACACUACUGUAACUGACUGGAUGGCCUGAGGACAACUUGACAUUCUCUUCGCAUUUCUACACAGAAUGGACAAUUGAUUUAUUAGUCUCUCCACUGACCUCGGGUCAGUCCGCUUUGUCCACGCUUUUCCCUUUUCAAUAUCUAUCCUUUCUCAAAUGACUUUUGUUACUCAGGGUAUUGCCUUACACUAUAACGAAGUGGUGUUGCAUUAAAGAUAGUUUAUUAGACCAGCCAGAUUAUCCUUAAUUAUUAACAGUCCUUGAUAUCAUUGAUCGAUCAGAUCUCUCUGAAUUUGUCCUGUUUGCUGUCCCCAGUUUCUGCUCCAACACAAGCCUUAAAGACGAAAUGUUGUUCCCUUAAAAACCCUUCUGUUACCACAAUCGAAAUCAGAUCAAGUUUACAGCUCAUAUCUGACUGAAUUAUUUGCAUGGAAUUAGUAAUAUUCAUGUAUGUCACUGUUAAAUAUAGUGCACUAUGUGUACAUGGGGAGGAGGAAAAGGUUCUCUUGUCCCUGAACAAAAUUAAGUUCCUGUAGCUGCUUUGUCUUCUAUUCUUUUGUAAAUUAUUUAAGUCGAUGUAUUGAAUGAAUGGCACCAUGCUUUAUUUUGGGGGGGUUAUUUUGUUUUUUCUUUAUUUUUUUGUUUUUCCUUUUUGAUAUGUUUCAUUUGAAGCUCCUAGAACUCCUAGAACUGUGAGAUGUUGGUGGGGGGCAUUUGUGUGUAACUGUUUGAGUUUUGAAAUCCUGGUUAAAAUUGUAGCGUUUACUGCUUGUUAUUUAUGAGGAGGGAUUGCAGGUGGUGAUUUAUGGUAAGCCUGGGAUUUUCUUCUUCUUUUUUUAUAUAUGCUUUUUUUUGGUUUGUUUGUUUUUUUUUUCUUUACUGUAGGAGAUGACAGUGGCCUCUUGUUUUGUUUUGUCUUUUGCUUUAAGAUAUUUUUGGAAGAAAACAAAUCACAAUAAAAAAGCCAAGGCAGAAAAAGACAAAGAA